UUGGAGCCUCUGGUAAGCUCCUGUGACCCGUGCAUCCCUUUGGAGAGGAAGAGGAGGGAGAGGCCUGCUUUCUCUGGAAUCCAGUGGUCACAUCCCCACCUGAAUGCCCACCUCAGGUGUCGUCAACAUGGAGUUCUGAAGUCCCUGUGGUUCCUCACAGUGAACCAGGUCUUAAGGAAGAUGCAGAGACGCCACAGCAGCAACACGGAUAACGUUCCACCUGAAAGAAAUCGCAGUCAAGCGCUCAGCUCUGAGGCGAGUGUGGACGAAGGCGGAGUCUUUGAGAGUCUGAAGGCAGAAGCGGCCUCCCCGCCAGCACUCUUCUCCGGCUUAUCGGGCCUCCCGACAGGCAGCCUCCCCGCCACCCCUUUCCCGUCCAGCCUGGUGUUGGGGGCCGCGGCGGGCGGCGGGGACGUGUUCCUCCAGAUGCCCACAUCCAGGGAGGAAGGCGGGGGCCGCGGUGAGGGGGGCGCCUACCACCACCGCCAGCCCCACCACCACUUCCACCAUGGCGGCCACCGCGGGGGCUCCCUGCUGCAGCACGUGGGCGGGGACCACCGCGCGCACUCCGACGAGGCAGGCGACGAGCAGCCCGGGACGCCUGCCCCGGCCCUGUCCGAGCUGAAGGCCGUGAUCUGCUGGCUCCAGAAAGGGCUGCCCUUCAUCCUCAUCCUCCUGGCCAAAGUGUGCUUCCAGCAUAAGCUUGGCAUUGCCGUGUGCAUUGGGAUGGCCAGCACCUUCGCCUAUGCCAACUCCACGCUCCGGGAACAGGUCUCUCUAAAGGAGAAGAGGUCGGUGCUGGUCAUUUUGUGGAUCUUAGCCUUUCUGGCGGGAAACACCCUGUAUGUGCUCUACACGUUCAGUUCCCAGCAGCUGUAUAACAGCCUCAUAUUCCUGAAGCCCAACCUGGAGACGCUGGACUUCUUUGACCUGCUGUGGAUCGUGGGCAUCGCAGACUUUGUGCUCAAGUACAUCACCAUCGCCCUCAAGUGCCUUGUCGUGGCCCUGCCCAAGAUCAUCCUGGCCGUCAAGUCCAAGGGAAAGUUCUAUCUGGUCAUCGAGGAGUUGAGCCAGCUGUUCCGCUCACUCGUUCCCAUCCAGCUGUGGUAUAAAUACAUCAUGGGUGACGAUGCCUCCAACAGCUACUUCCUCGGAGGGGUCCUGAUCGUUCUCUACAGCCUCUGCAAGGAAUGGCGAAAGAGAUCCCGAACAAUCCUUGGAUACUUUUCAGCCAUCACCUCGCUCUCCUUUCAGUCUUUCGACAUUUGUGGCCGCGUGGGUGGAGUUAGGAAAGCCCUGAAGCUUCUCUGCACCUCUCAGAAUUAUGGAGUCCGGGCCACUGGGCAGCAGUGCACAGAAGCUGGUGAUAUCUGUGCUAUCUGCCAGGCUGAGUUCCGAGAGCCUCUGAUCCUUAUGUGCCAGCACGUGUUCUGUGAGGAGUGCCUCUGCCUCUGGCUGGACCGGGAGCGCACCUGCCCGCUCUGCCGCUCGGUUGCCGUGGAUACCCUGCGCUGCUGGAAGGACGGGGCCACUUCGGCACACUUCCAGGUGUACUAGGGCUGAAGACUGCAGCAUCGCUGCUCCCAGGCGCACCGGGGAGAUGACGGAGGGUCAGCGGUGUUGGGUCCAACUCCGGGGGCUUCCUGGGGAAAAGUCCUCAAGCACUGACUGUCCUCCUUCCUGCCUCUCUCCAUCUCUUCCUCUAAAGCCAGGCCCCUGUCGCCUUCCCCACCUUCACCUUCCUCUCUUGUUCUGAUCGUGGUGUGUGCAUCCUACCCCUACACACGGGGACGCCUUCUCACUCAGCCUUGGUCUCCACCUACGUAGGCCUCCCACUUCCCUCCAAGUCAAGGAACUGGUAAUGGACCAAGUCCCACCUGUUGAUUAUUUUAACUCGUGGUGACCUAAUACCUGAUGCUGCAAACUAGAGAGAGGCCUGGAGAUACUGUCUCCCCCUAAAUGGCCCAAGUCCGCAGAUGAGAAUCACUGUGAAGUAUUUUCCAAAUACAAAUGCUGGGCCCCACCUUAUCCCUACAGGAACUACGUGUACCAGACACUUAGUGUGAGCCAGGCACAGCGCUGAGCCUCCUGCCCGGACGACCUCCUGUAAUCCUCACAAGAGCCCUAUGGCGGAGGUACUGUUGUUUCCUUCGUUUCACAGAUGAGGAAAGUGAGGCAUAGAGCUCCAUGUGGAAACUUUCCCAGGGUCACCCAGUGAGCAAUGUUGGACCAAGUUUCCAACCCGGGCCUGUCUGGCUUCGGAGCCUGACUUAACCACAUGCUGACCCACUGCUCAGACGCUUCAGGUGUGGGGCCUCCCAGACAUGUUUCUUUAAAAGCAUAAGAGGUGAUUCUGACGCCCUUCAGUGGCUCAGGUGCAUAGCACGUUCGAUUUGGACUGCAUUGAGAAUGCUAAUAGUGAACACUAGCUCCUGAAAUCUGGUCGUGGUUGGGUCCAUGGAAAGACUUGGUCCUUAAAAGUGCUGUUUAGCUGGACUCUGGUGGGGAUGCUCAAUCGUGAUUGGCUAUCAGGAAAGGCCAGCUCUGGUGCAGAUGCAGAUGUCAUGGGGUGUCCACUCCCAUCUUUACUUCUCUCCUCCUCCUUUUG